AUGAGUGAUCCGCUGUCGAUCGCAGCUGGGAUCGCUGGAUUCCUCUCACUUGGGAUUCAAGUUACGCAAACCCUGGUCGAUUUUUAUUCGGUCUAUAAAAGCCAAGACAAAGAUAUUGCAAAAAUCGCCCAAAAUAUCGAAAAUCUCCAGAGCGCAUUUCGGUCUUUGGGGAUUGCAAUCCAGCAACGCCAAUCCCAGCCCAACGCAGAGGGGCUUCUUCAAGAAGUCCGCAAGGCCACAAACAGAUGCCAUGAAAUCAUCGAAGAGCUCCAGGCGGAGUGCCAGAAGUUCUCAGCUGACGCGACGAUCACCGGUUUGAAGGGCCGUUUUCAAGUCGCUGGGCGUCGUGCCGCCUAUCCAUUCCGAAAAAGCACUAUACAGAAGAUCGAAGAGGACAUUGGCGAGAUCCGGGAAAAUUUGUCGUUCGCCCUAAACGUUCUCCAGUUCAAAAACCAUAAUCGGAUAGAGGAUGAAAUAUCAACAGUCAGAUCUCUUCUCGAGCGGACAAAAUCAAGUCAAAUUUCUAUUACGAUUCGUUCGUGGCUUCAGGCACCCGAUCCAUCUGUGAACCAUAACGCUAUUUCUAAAAAACACCAUCCAGACACUGGCCUAUGGUUUAUUAACAGCUAUCAAUUUGCAAAUUGGCUACAAGAACGGAGCUCUUUUCUCUGGCUCAAUGGGUUCGCAGGGUGUGGCAAGUCGGUUCUCUGCUCCGUUGCAAUACAAACUACAUUCCGUGAGACAAAGCAUAGGAAUAAGGUUGGAAUAGCAUUUUUCUACUUCUCCUUUACCGAUGACUCGAAGCAAGAUGAGCAAGGCAUGUUACGUGCACUAUUGUUACAACUAUCGGUCCAGCUCCAAGAUGGCGAAAAGGAGCUCGAACAGCUCCGCUUAUUGUCUAAGUCAUCUACCCCUUCAGUGGAAGCCCUACUCCAAACUCUUCGAAAAUUCCUUGAGAGAUUCCAAGAUAGCUAUAUUCUCCUCGAUGCAUUAGACGAGUGCCCGCAAGACAACGGCAGGGAAGGGGUUUUAAGAGCAAUAGAGGCGAUACGAGAUUGGAGCAUACCUACUACUCAUCUCUUAGUGACAAGUCGUGAACAGUCUGACAUUCGACGAUCUUUAAACCCUUCUUCUAACCAUGAUAUAUCGAUGAAGAAUUCAGGAAUUGAUAGGGACAUUGCAGGUUUUGUUUCUUAUCAGCUCGAAAACGACCCUAAGCUCCAGAGGUGGAAAGUACGCUAUAGCGAAAUUCAAACUAAAUUAACACAGGGCGCCCAGGGCCUAAAUGCUUUUCGCCGGGCGCGAAACCGGAAUCAACUUGACGAAUGUCUACGAUCAUUACCUCGUGAUCUGGAUGAAACGUACGAACGUAUGCUUUGUAGCAUCGAUGAAACAUAUGUUGAGGAUGUACGACGUAUAUUAACAAUUCUCUGUGUCUCCACCCGUCCUCACACUGUUGAAGAAUUAAUCGACGCUCAUGCGGUGGAACUUAGUGAACCACCAUAUCUCGACCGUGAUGGCCGGUCCUACGAGCACGAUGAUCUCGUGGAUAUUUGCCUUGGACUUAUAGAGAUCGUGGCAAUCAAAAUUGAUGAUGGAGACCCGAUUUCGGUCGUCCGUAUCGCGCAUUUCUCUAUCCAAGAGUAUCUUCAGUCCGACCGAAUCCGCCAACAGAAAGCGGAAAGAUUCGCUAUUCACAGUAUCACUGCAAACACAGAGAUGACUCAAAUCUGUCUUGUCUAUCUUCUGGACCCGAGACUAUCGGAUGGAGUCUUGGACGAGAAGAAGGUUCGAGACUUCCCACUUGCGCACUUCGCUGCCGCGCAUUGGUACCACUAUUAUCGAGUUUCUCAAGAGGGAAAGUCAAAAGCUGAAAGCUUGAUAUUGAGGAUCUUCCAAAACGAGAGGAAUUCCUUCGUGAACUGGGUCAGGUUUUAUGAUAUCGAUCAUCCACUGGAAAACUACGUCAGUUUUAACAGAGGAAUGGAUGACAUGGCAUCGCCUAUAUACUACGCAUCUAUUUUGGGGCUGGAAGCGACUCUGAAGAGCAUUCUAGCAACUUACACAAGGUCUUCCAGUCUACCAGACAUAGUUAAUGCCAUGGGUGGAAAGUAUGGCAAUCCACUUCAAUCCGCGUCCGCUAAAGGCCACAAAGAGGUGGUCCAAAUACUUCUCGAUCAUGGUGCCGAUGUGAAUGCCGUAGGUGGAUACUAUGGCAAUACACCUUACGCUGCAUCAGCAAGAGGCCAUAGAGAAGUUGUUCAAAUGCUUCUCGAUCACGGUGCCGAUGCGAAUGCCCUAGAUGCACUCUACCCGGCAUCAGCUAGAGGCUACAAAGAGGUGGUCGAAAUACUUCUUGAUAAAGGUGCCGAUGUGAACGCCCAGGGUGGAUACUUUGGCAAUGCACUUUACGCCGCAUCAGUUGCAGGCUAUGAUGAAGUAGUCCAAAUACUUCUUGAUCAUGGUGCCGACGUGAAUGUACAAGAUGGAACGAAUGGUAGUGUACUCCAAGCCGCAUCAGCUGAAGGCCACAAAGAGGUAGUCCAAUUACUUCUCGAUCACGGUGCCGAUGUGAACGUCAACACCCUGGGCCAUGGCUUCGGGAAUGCACUUCAAGCCGCAUCAGCUCAUGGCUACAAAGAGGUAGUUCAAAUACUUCUCGAUCAAGGUGCCGAUGUGAACGCUAAGGGUGGAUACUAUGGCAAUGCACUUUACGCCGCAUCCGAUAGAGGCUAUAAUGAGCUGGUCAAAAUACUUCUUGAUCAGGGUGCCAAUGCGAAUGCACAGGGUGGAGAGGAUGGCAAUGCGCUUCACACUGCAUCCGCAAAAGGCCACAAAGAGGUAGUCCAAUUACUUCUCAAUCAUGGUGCCAAUGUGAAUGCUCUGGGUGGAUACUACAGCAAUGCACUUCAAGCCGCAUUAGCUAAAGAUCAUAAGGAGGUGGCUCAAAUACUUCUUGAUCAUGGUGCCGAUGUGAAUGCAAAGGGGGGUUCUAUGGCAAUGCACUCCAAGCCGCAUCCGCUACAGGCAACAAAGAGGUGGUCCAAAUACUUCUCGAUCAAGGUGCCGACCUAUGACAAUGCACUUCAAGCCGCAUCAAGCGCAGGCCACAAAUAUGUGGUUCAAAUUCUUCUCGAUCAUGGUGCCGAUGUGAAUGCCAAGGGGGGAUUCUAUGGCAGUGCAGUUAGAGCCGCAUCAGCUUGGUACCAUAAAGAGGUUGUCCGAAUGCUUCUUGACCAUGGUGCCAUUACCAGUACUAAGCCACCUCGAAUUUGA